AUGUAUGAGCAAGGAGAAACGUACGAUUUGAUCUUCAUGAGAGAGACAUUGGAAGUGAAGACAGAGGUUGCGGCCGCCGCAAUUAUUCAGAAAGCUGCCAGACUAUUGAAGCCUGGUGGCUAUUUUGAAGUACAAACGUUCGUGCGCUACUUCGAACGUUGCAAAGUCGGCAAUGCCAGCGACCUCGUUGGAGAUGUAUUCGAGCGCGCCAAGGAACUUGGACAAGCUAUAAUCAGCACGACGCCCUGGAAAAGCUUGAUGGAAGAUGCGGGGCUCGAGACGCAGCAAUGCAUAUUGAGCUCAUCCACAUUCACUGACGAUUUUGCUGCUUUCCUCCCGGAGUACCUCGAUGGUCAUCUUCCCGAUCUGGCUCCCAUGGCAGCGGAAGCUCUCAAAUGCCCAGGAAUGGAGAACUCUAUAAGACUGUAA